AACCUACUCCGCGGUUUCGCUCUCUCUCUCUCUCUCUCUCUCUCUCUCUCUCUCUCGCUCGCUCGCUCGCUGUGUGUUUGUGUGUGUGAAGCAAUGGCGUCAAAGCCAAUUCCCGGCGAUGGAUUAACGGAGAAUCUCGCCGGUAUGACGAAGAACCAGCUCUAUGACAUUAUGUCUCAGAUGAAGACAUUAAUUGAGCAGAACAAGCAACAAGCAAGAGAGAUCCUCAUCCAGAAUCCACUCUUGACGAAGGCCCUUUUCCAGGCACAAAUUAUGCUUGGAAUGGUGCAGCCUCCUCAAGUGAUUCCAAAUAUUCAGCCUGCAGCUCCACAACAACCUCAACAAUCAUCACAACCAGCUCAGCAGUCAAACAUUCAGGCUGCACACUCAUUACCUGGACAAAUUGUACAGGAACAAACAGUAGCAUCACAUAACCAACCUCCAAUGAGAAAGCAACACCCAAAUCAACCUUCGAUAUCAAUGUCUUCUACUUCUGCUCCUCCUUCAAGUCUUCAAUCUCAGCCUACACCUUCACACCCUCUACAGACACCUCAGUUACCUAAGGGACAUCUGAACCCACAAAUGCCCCAAAUUUCUGUUCCACAAUCCUCUCAACUUCCAAACCUACCUCCACCUCUUCAUUCUGCUUCACAGCCACCUCCACUUCACCAACCUCACAUGCCCAGUGUCUCUACUCAGUUGCAACAGCCAUUACAGACAACUGGAAUUCCUCAUCUGCCAUUGCAGCCACCAAUGCCUCUUCAAGGUAGACCACCUUCUGUUCCAAGCUUUCAUCAUCAGUAUGGACCACAAAUGGGGCCCAAUGUGGGUUUCCAGCAUGCUGGUGCUCCUCAACAUCCUUCGCAACCCAUGUUUCAUUCUGGUAGCAAACCUCAAGGUAGCUUGGGGCCUUCAUUUCCACAGGGACAGCCGGCUCUUCCAAGUCAGUUACCAUCAUUGUAUCAGGGUGGAGGUUCGCACUUGGGGGCUGAAUUCAAUAAUCAAAUUGGAAAUACAAUGCAAGUCGAUAGAGGACCUUCUUGGAUGGCUGGCCCGCCAGAGAGCUCGACAAUGACGCUGCUUCCUGGACCGCAGCCAAUGGUUCCUGGUCAGAUGGGCCCUGGCAAUCAGCCCAUUCGUGCUCCACCGUUGACUCCUGAGAUGGAGAAAGCACUGCUUCAGCAGGUCAUGAGCCUCACACCAGAACAGAUAAAUCUCCUUCCUCCUGAGCAAAGGAAUCAAGUGCUUCAGCUGCAGCAAAUGCUGCGCCAAUGAAACUAGUUGGUCUUUUUUUGCUUCAAAGUUGACAUGUUCAGUUCUGCAGCCUCACUUUAAUUCAUCUCAGUUGGCAAUUGAAUGCAGGUGAAAAAUCAGAUAGAAUUUGAAACAGGGUAUAGAAUGCGUUGAGAAUUACUUUUGCUACUGCACUGCAUCGAUUGUCAGCACUUUAUGAAUUCUAUAGUUGAGAUUGUCGAGAUGGCAGUGGACUUCUUGUGAUAUUGACUAUGAUCCUAUGCAGUUCCAGUUUUGUGCAUUCGUCA